UUUCUCUCUCGAGUUGACAGUCUAGUGCGGCAAGUCAGAGGGACGCGAUGUACGAAUCUGUCUUCUCUAAGUACCAGGGCUCACACUGAGUUUAUCAAUAUGAAGACAUCGAGGCAUAUUACACAGAUUUUGCAUUGUAGCUUAAUUUUACUUUUCUCAGUCACCCAUGCAGCCAAACAAACGGUAAUAACUCAAGGGAAAAGUAUCAUACAGAGUGAGAAUUAUCCGAACGACUACCCCGGGGGUGAAGACAGGGUGUGGGUCUUCAACCAAACGGUAGGAUUAUGGACGGUGACAUUCCAGGACUUCCAUCUACAGGAGUCGAAAGGGUGUGAGGAUGAUUACCUACUGAUACGGAAGUCUCAAAGAGAAACUCCAUUAAAGCUGUGUGGUGUCAGAACUUCAGACUACUACAUCUCUAAAGGUCCGUACCUCAAACUGGAAUUUCACACCAACUCCUGGAAUCACGAGAAAGGCUUCUCUAUUGAAGUACAGCACGUUAUGACUGAAGCCGAAGCAAAAUCUAUCGUCAAAAGGAAAGGUACUGAGGUCAAGUUAGUGACUCACGUGGAGCAUGAAGGCUUGUUUAUCGUCCUCCUAGGAGUGUUAUCCCUGGCUGCUCUCGUCUUUGUUGCUAUGUUAGGGUGUUUCAUCGUUGGGAUGAUGAAAAGACGUCACGAAAGAGUGAUUCAGCAGAACAUGAUGAGUCGUCUGCAAGCUCAAAGCGAGAACCAAGUAGUGGCCGGAAGAAGAUACAGCCGGAAAGAAUCGGUCAAAAGUCACAACAGACCAGACUUUAUGCGUAGCUUUUCGAACCAAAGCACAACCGGACUUCUCAGUUAUCAAUCCGCCGGCUACCCACAGACCGGUGAUCACGUGUGACGAUCACGUGAUUGUCAUGUGGGCAAUAACGGAGAGCGAUUGUAUAUGCUGAAGUAAAGCAACUUGUCUUCGUAAUAAGAGACAUUGCCCUUAAAACGUAGUCAACGUCAUUUUAGGGGAAGUUUGAUGUCUGUGUUUUGGGAACGACGUGCCUUUUAGGGGGUCGGUCAUGAAGUUGUUUUAUGUACAUAGGUAUGUCUUAUAAGCAAGUUUUAAGUCCUUGUUCAUGAUAUUUUUAACUGACCAACGAAGAAUGCGCGUGGGUUUUUUUUAUUCACGCAUUUUAAGUUUUGUAGGUACGGUGGUAAUACCGUACCGAACAAUGUUAAAGAGUUGAGGCAAUAUUUACUUGUUAAAUAUAUGUACGUAUGUGUUUUAAUGCUUGUUUUCAGAGAAUAUUUGAAGAAAUUUUUAGAGUUCAACAUUCCAUUGAUUAAAAUUCACUGCUGCAUGAAUGCAUCUUUAUUUUGGAAAACCAUAUGUGAAUGUCUUGUUUGCGAAAAAACUGUUUAAUACUUCAGUCAUAAAUCAAAAUGUAAACAAACAUUAUUUUUGUCAUCGGUGAAAAACACUGCCAAUCAGCUUAGCAUAUUUUAUUUUCAUUUUGUAUCAUUUUUAACCGAACAAUCUUUUAAAGUUUCUUUUAUCAUUUUUUUUUUCAGAUAUAAAUUUAUUUCUGUAUUUGUUUAUCCCAUUUUUACAAAGGAGAAAAACAUUUUUGUAUCCAUUUCAUAUUUGUUGUUGUUGAUGGAAGGAUUCAUGUAAAUAUGUUUUAUCUAACAGCAGCAAAACCAGAGAUGUUUUGAAGUAGAAGGCUACUGAAAAGAUUGUCUUUGAGAGUGAUAUAGCUGGUUCUAUAUACGGGUUUUUGUUUUCAUUUUGUCGAUAUUAUUGCUUUUUGUUUUAAUUUGCUCAUAAUUCAAUAAAUGUUGAAUAAAUGUGAA